AUGUCGGACUACCUGCGGAAGCCGGAAUGGAUACCCGUCGAUGAUGAACACGGUGACCGAAUGAUAGUGGGGUUCAUCGAGGACCGUGAGCGCAUUACAAUGAAGUGUUACCGGCGCCAUGAUUAUUCAGUGUCGAGGUUCUUCUAUAAUGACACGACGAAUGUACGAGGCUUUGGUGAAUUUAUCAAAUUCCACCCUGCAUUCGAGGACCUUGCGGAUAAGGACAGGGAGACCCGUCUGGCGAGGUUGAAGGAGGCGUAUUUCAAAUUUAAGCCGGUAUCUGCACAGUACUAUGCCCCGGGUACGGUUCCAGUUAUGGCUCCAGCUUUGGAUAGUGAGAGGAGGGAAGGUCGCUUGGACUCGGACUCGAUCUCAACAUUGGAAUCCUCUUCGUCAUCUGGCGAGACGGAAAGGAAAUCUUCCGCAUUCGAUAAGCAGACAAGCCUGAAGGAUGUGAAUGGGGGACGUAAACGGCUCGCCUCUACCAGCCCGACAAGAUUGGAUGAAGAAUCUAACAGCUUCAAUGAUCGUAUGACGCUCUCGGACGGGGAGACGUGUGCGAGCCGAGAGUCGAUGCGAUCGAGGACCAAGAAGACCAGGCGAAACAGUACAUUGGCGGAGACUCCGAACUUGCUGCCAAACCAUGGUGCCCUUGAGCUCGGACAGAGGAGGCUCAUCGACGAGCACCGCACCCAUGAAAGGCCGCUUGGAGAAAUGGGCACCAUGGUACGUCCCGUUCUCCUGGACGAUGCAAGUGAGACCAGUAACGACAGGGUCGCGCGUCUCGAGAAAGAAUUGAAAAAAGCAAUGGAGCGGAUAGCAAUGGAGCGGAUAGCAAACCGUGAUGCCGACGUGGCACGUCUUGAAAAUGAGCUAAAAGAAGAAAAGAGGCGGAAUGCUGAGCUGGAAAGCGACAUCUUCAAGAAGGAUCUGGACGUUGCAAACCUCAAGAAAUUCAGUGACGAGAAAAUGAAAAUUCUGAACGAAAAUAAACAAGCGCUCCCCCAGCAAGUUAUAGACAGAGUCGAGAGUCUAGAUCGCUUAGAAAAGAGCAGCAUUAGGGAGGGCGGCUACAGAGAAGAAGGUAGAAGAGCACAGCGAGCGAUACGGAAUAGCCAAGUCAGCUUAGGAGUCGCAGGAUGGAGAUACAAAUGCGAGUAUGCACGCUAUAAAUGUGUUAAGGGUUAG